UUUUCUGUUUUAAAAUGUUAAAUUAUUCAAUUCGACUGUAGAAACAGAAACACAAACGAAGUCAAAUUUCCUUCUUCGAAACCCAGCCAACAGUCAAAACGGCCAUCACCGUCUCGUCAAUCUUCUCGCCGAAAUGGCUCGGACCUCGACUAAUGAUUCUUCUUCGGAUCCUUCUUGGUUCACUCCCAAAAGGUUGCUGAUGCUAUUUUGUGUGAUAAAUAUGAUAAACUACGUGGAUCGAGGUGCAAUAGCAAGCAAUGGAGUUAAUGGAAGUAUUAGAACUUGUGAUGAGAAAGGAAUUUGCAAUUCCGGUAGUGGAAUUCAGGGAGAUUUUAACUUGAACAAUUUCCAGGAUGGUGUUUUAUCUUCUGCAUUUAUGGUUGGACUUCUUUUGGCUUCUCCAAUUUUUGCUUCCUUAGCAAAGAGUCAUAAUCCUUUUAGGCUGAUUGGAGUUGGAUUAUCUGUUUGGACAUUUGCGGCAGCUGGAUGUGGUAGUUCUUUUGACUUUUGGUCUAUUGCAAUUUGCCGCAUGUUGGUUGGCGUUGGUGAGGCUUCUUUCAUUAGUCUUGCUGCUCCAUUUAUAGACGACAAUGCCCCUGCUGCUCAGAAAACAGCCUGGCUUGCCACAUUUUACAUGUGCAUACCAACUGGAGUUGCAUUGGGUUAUGUUUAUGGUGGCUUUGUAGGGAGUAGUUUUAACUGGCGCUAUGCAUUUUGGGGAGAGGCACUUCUGAUGCUUCCAUUUGCUGUUUUGGGAUUUGCCAUGAAACCUUUGCAGCUUAAAGGUUUUGCUCCUGCUGAAUCAAAGAAGGCAUUGACAUCAUCAAUUGAAGCAAAUGCAUCUAUAACUGAAGAUAAUGGUAAUGAGGAUAUCAGUAGUCGAGCAUUUAAAGCUUCAAAGUUGAAGGGUGAAUUUACAAUCUUACAUCAGUUAUCACAAUUUUCAAAGGAUAUGAAAGUGCUUUUGGUUGACAAAGUUUAUGUUGUUAAUGUUCUAGGUUACAUAUCAUACAACUUUGUCAUUGGAGCAUACUCAUAUUGGGGACCAAAAGCGGGUUAUAAUAUUUAUCAUAUGAGUAAUGCGGACAUGUUGUUUGGAGGGGUUACAAUUAUUUGUGGAAUUUUAGGCACCUUAGCUGGAGGCUUCAUACUAGAUCGCAUGAAUGCUACAAUCUCUAAUGCUUUUAAGCUUCUCUCUGGAGCAACAUUUCUUGGUGCAAUUUUUUGUUUCAGUGCCUUCUGUCUGAAGAACUUGUAUGGUUUCAUAAUCCUGUUUUCCGUGGGUGAACUACUUGUCUUUGCUACACAGGCUCCAGUUAAUUAUGUGUGUCUUCACUGUGUCAAACCUGGUUUGAGACCAUUAUCUAUGGCUAUCUCAACUGUAUCAAUCCACAUAUUUGGUGAUGUGCCUUCUUCACCCCUUGUUGGGGUCCUCCAGGAUCACAUCAACAAUUGGAGGGAAACAUCACUUAUUCUGACAGCUGUUCUCUUUAUUGCUGCUGGAAUAUGGUUUGUUGGGGUCUUUCUCAAGGGUGUUGACAUGUCUAAUGAGGAUGGAGAAAAUCAAAUCUCCGCAAAUGCAAAAGGCAGCAUGGAGCCAUUGCUUGAAGAGAACCGGACUGAGAUGGCAGACAUUUUAAAUGAAGCUUAAAUGUUCAAAAUCCAAUAUUUUCGGCUACAGAGCAUUUCGGAAAUGCUUCCAACUUGUUUGCAUCAUCCCACAUGUAUUGCAAAGUUCAAAUGUCACUUUGUAUAAAGUCUCAAACACUAAUGUACAUAUUUAUCAAAAAAGAAAGGAUUGUCAAUUCUUGUGCAAAAUAUUAUUCAUAUAUCUUAUUUACAGUGAAAAAGAAUUUUCAGGUUAUUGGACCA